GAAGGACAAAUAUGAGCAUGAUUAUGGCAAGCCGAGGCUUCUGCCUUCCGUCUCAAGCCACCAUCCAUGAGCUGUUCUCUGUAGCGAGGGAUGCGGGUAUUGUCCCUGACAUCUCCCUGGACCCCGUCCUCCCUUCUUUUUUCUCCCUGGAUUCCUCAGCCUCCGUGCAGCACCAAUACACCUCAAUACAGCGGAGCAUGACGGAGGAGCAGCGCACGGCCUUCCGCUACAACCUCACCUCCACCCUGGGAGGGAGCGGCGGCGGCGGCGGCGGCGGCGGCGGCAGGGUGACCCAUGGAGGAGUUGGGGUCGUUGCUCUGGCCCUUUCCAUUCUCUUUGACCAAGUGGCUGAACAAGUGCGGUCACGGGGUUCUUCAAUGGGGGGAUCAUCAGUCCAUGGAUCCCAACCUCGGAUGAUCUUUGGUAUCAGAAGCUCUUCCAGAAUUGGCGAGAUCAUUCAGAGCUACCUCGGCCAGAUCCCUGAAAUAGCCAACAAUCAGGACAAGAUGGCCGAGACCACCGAACUCUAUGACAACUUGCUGAAACUGGAGAUGAUCGACCACUUUGAGAGGAUGACCAACAAGAAGAAGAGGAUGGGCUCAGAGUCCAUGAAGCAGUGGCUGGUCGGGGCAGCGGUUCAUCUACACAUUAGGAUCCACCAGGUUCGCCUGAACUCAGUGCCGCGAGGCUCGGCUGAAUCCUUGCGUCUCUCCUACAAGACAGGGUUCUCCCGCCUGAUGCAGGGCUACACGACGUACCUCCGCAGAAACAUCCAGGAGACCGCUCCCACUGCAACACCCGGACCAGCUACCAGGAGGGCAGGUGGUCGACGCCAAGCUAGCGCUAGCAGAUCUAACAUGACCGGCUUUAAAAACACCACCCUCAGCAAAACAACAUAUACCACUGACCCAACCAGACGGCUCGUAGACGUAAGCCCAAUUCGCCCAAAUAACACAAGCGGUCGACUCAGUCAGACUAACACAACUGCUCCAACAGCUCGGACGAUAAGAACUCUCAGAUCCAGCGGAUCCAGUGAGGCCACUGGACCAACUUGGCCAAAAGGAAGUGAUAAAACCACUGUGGGCUUGGUUAGAAAUGAAACCAUCAUUGCCGGUGCACCUUCUGUGUCUAGUGUAGAUAGCAGAAAAAGGAAAACUGCCAGUCAGGGCCUGUUGGUUAUUGAGCCCCUGAGAAAUGUGAGUCACAGCGUGCAGCACCAUCCCUGCCAGUCCCCUGCCAUCGAGCAAGCCCUCGUAACUCGCAUCAUCGACACCCAGGACCUGGAACGCAGCCGGGACUUCUUCCUGCACAGCGAGAAGCUCUUCAGCAGUCUGCUGAGGCAGAGUAAUGACUUCGAAUUGAAGACGCAGCGGCAAUGAAAAGCAUGUGAUUAAAGGCACUUUUUCUGGUCUCGCCUACAUCCUCAUUUCACCAAGGGCCGUGGAUUGUCCACGAAAUAAAAGCUGGACUUUCACCAAGUGACAUCAGAACUGAAAAAGCCCUUCCAAUGAGCGGCGAAACCUUCGACCUUUGUCAACUCUGCAGUGACAGACCAGUAUAUAUAGUAUAUAGUAUGUAUAUAUAUAUAUAUAUAUAUACUAUAUGUGUGUGUGUGUGUGUAUUUGCUCCUACUUCAAUUUGAUGUGGGAUUAAAACUGAUCCCGAUCCGACCUACCAGUCUAAAACUGUGACCAUACCAGCAUAACAUUGUCACCGGCAUGCUCACAGUCACUUUAACAGUCAUUCCCAGUUUAUUCUUGGACGUGAUAAGGAGCCAGUAUGGGCUAACCCUGGUGAUAAAAUGCAGUUUGCAGUUGUUUCUAAUACAGACCUCGUUGUUGCACUUAUAAAAGUAAUUCAUACAUUAGCCUGCAGGGGGAGACAAAAUACUAGAUUAUAUGAUCCAAUAGAUGACAGCAUCCAAGGUUCAGACAAAUGGCGCUCAGAGACCCACCAGUCCUGCCAGGGCUAAUCAACACAAGACUGAGGAGAAACACUGGGGUCUGCAACUGAAAUGAUCAUAUUAAGAUGACUGCCUAUAUAAUAUUAUUGCAUCUAAUUGUAAAGAUUUUUACACGCAGACUUUGUUUACCUAUCUGCUCCUUUAGUUGAUUUUACAGUGCAAAAUUCGGAGCCAAUUGAUUUAGUGCUUUCUUACAUUGAUAAAAAAAUUGCAUAUUACAAUUAAAAAUGACUAAAGCACUUUAUUAUAUUUUUCUCUGAAAAUAAAGCAUU